CAUGCCGCGGUCCCCCUCGACUUCAUUCGACCUCGUGCUGAGAGCGUGACUCAUGCGCACACGAUGACCCGAGAGGAGGAGCUGAUACGGACCGCGAAAAAGCUAGACAAGAUGGUGUCUAGAAAUAACAUGGAAGGAGCUCUUGAUUUGUUGAGAGAGCUGAAAAACUUCAACAUGACCCUUAAGUUACUUCAGGACACAAGAAUUGGCAUGUCCGUCAAUGCAAUAAGAAAGCAUUGCACAGAUGAGGAUGUCGUCUCCCUUGCAAAGAUUCUUAUCAAAAACUGGAAGAGACUUUUGGAAUCUGCUCAUUCUCAGAAGGAUGAAAGACCAAAUGAGUUGAAGAAUGGCCGUGAUGGCAGUAAGCAAACAGAAGCACCCAGUGGAGCUUCUCCUAACAGAGAGUCAAGCCCAAAAUCCAUUUUAGAGUCUCACAAGAAGCUUACUGACAAACACAGAAAAGAGAAAAAAGAGGCAGAGUUAAAGAAAGAAAGACAAGAAAGUGACCACAAAAAGGAGAAAAACUCCAGUAAUCAUGCAAAGGAGAGGGAGAGGAAGGAUGUUUUCCACUCCAGCGUUUUUUGCCGUUCUUCACCGCCACAUCCUACUUCUUCUCCCAAGUGUUCUUCUGUGGAAGUCAAGAGGGAGAGGAGAGAUGCUCCUGUUGAUUUUUUCCCACCUCCACCUUCUCUCCGUAUUGCUCAUCCAAGAUGUCCAUCCACAGAAGUAAAGAAAGAGAGGAAAGAGGCCUCUGAUCCUCAGAGUUCUCCUUACCCUCUCAAUCUUCACAAUCCUCUGCCUCCUCAUAUCCGUAUUCCUAAACGUCAGCCGGAGGUGAAGAAAGACAGAAAAGAUGCACCAGAAAUAUUGCCCCGUACUCCCUCCCAGCAUUCUCACUCUCAUCCUUCCUCUCCUCCUCCUCCAAAGAGGCCUUCUCUAGAGGUUCCUAAAGAGAGGAAAAAGACUCCAGAUCCAAAUGCCCCACUUCCUCCUUUGCCUCUUCAUCUGCACCCCCCUCCUCCCCAGAAACCAUCUGGUUUAGAGAUGAAGAAAGAGAGAAAAGAGGCUGUGGAUCCUGAUGCCCCUGUUCCUCCACUUCCUCUGCAUCUUCAUCCCCCCACUCCCACAAAACGGCCCUUGUUAGACAUGAAGAAAGACAAAGAAAAAGAAAGAAAGGACACAUCAACUCCAAAACAAAGUGCACAGCAGCGGACAUCUGAACACAAGAAGGACAGCAGAGACAUGGGGGACAGUAAACCACACAAAAGGCCAUCUGUGGAAAUGAAGAAAGAGAGAAAAGACUCCACAGAUUUCAAACAGCAGCCUGCUAAAAAGCCCAUCCAGGAUGGCAAGAGGGAAAGGAAAGACUCCACUGAUUCUAAGUCUGGCCAGGGACAACAGUCAAGUGAAUCAAAACCUCAGAGAAGGGAUUCAACUAACUCUAAGUCUUCCAGUUCACCACCAUCUAAGAAGCUCUCAGGAGAAAGGAGAGAUUCUCAUGGCUCUAAGUCAGCUCAGUCUGGAGUGUUACAGAGAAAGAUGUCCACUGACAGCAAUGAUGGACGCAAAAGUAAACCUGAGACUCCAAAGACGCCCACUUCACCCACCAGCCCUCUAUCCCCCUCCUUUAGCUCGGGCGCUGGGCCUCUCUCCCCUCGCUUACUCACUGGGGACUCUAUCAGGGACAAGUGCAUUGAAAUGCUGUCUGCGGCACUACGUACAGAUGAUGACUACAAGGAUUAUGGGGCAAACUGUGAUGCCAUGGCAGCUGAAAUUGAGGAUCAUAUCUACCAGGAGAUUAAAGCCACAGAUAUGAAAUACAAAAACAGAGUGCGUAGCCGUAUCAGCAACCUGAAAGAUCCCAAGAAUCCCAACUUGCGCAAGAAUGUCCUGGGUGGAGCUAUUGAGCUGAGCCGCAUAGCCACCAUGACUGCUGAGGAGAUGGCCAGUGACGAGCUGAAGCAGCUGAGGAGUGUUCUGACUCAGGAAGCUAUCCGUGAGCACCAGAUGGCAAAGACUGGUGGUACCACUACUGACCUGCUGCAGUGCGGCAAAUGCAAGAAAAAGAAUUGUACCUACAACCAGGUUCAAACUCGCAGUGCUGAUGAGCCUAUGACCACAUUUGUGCUGUGCAACGAGUGUGGAAACCGCUGGAAGUUUUGCUAGCAUCCAGUUCAGAACUCCCUUUACACUGGACACUUGGGGUUGCCCACUUUUUUAACCUGGAUGAUGGAAUUUACAGUAGUGUGUGAUUUGCAAAGCCAAAAUAUGAUAUGACAAGAUUUAAAAAAAAAUAAUUUUAUCUGAUUAAUUCUAUAUAGCAGUUGAAAACAGUGACAAAUUAUGCAAGAAUAUGUUAAAAAUAUGCAAUUUUGUAUCAUUUAAAGAAAUAAUUUAAUUUUUAAUUAUGUCUUCAAGGAGUCCUGUAAUUUGUUUCACUGUUUUUCUACCAACAGUCAAAUGCAUGAUCUAAAGUGAAAUAUGAAGUAAUAUUUUUUUGUUUGAUCCACAUGUAGAAUAGAAUUUCAUAUUGUGCUUUUAGCAGAAUGUUUAUUACAACAACCAUGUACAUUGCUGUAGCUUCAGUAACACUAAUUAACCUGAAAUCCACCAAACGUAAUAAAUAAAAAUAGAAAAUA